AUGGCAGUGACCUUGUUUUAUAUGGCAUGCCUCUGUGACCCUUCCCUCUCCUCUGCUCCUUGCCGGGAGACCAGGCUGCUGAAGGCCUCACUGGCCCAGCCUGUGUCUCAUGAGAUGCAUAAACCUCAAGCGGAUGUGGAGUGUGGACUAAAAGCUUGCAGAGGUGGAGGGACUCUGGUGACUGCAGCCAAGGUGGAUUCUGCCUCUUCUGGAUGGCACCCCUUGGUUGACAGCUCUCCAGAUGGAGACCCCAAGCCUGAAAAGCAGGCUCUAGGGCCUGUGAGGAUGACCGGCGCCGGGGCGCAGCUGGCCGUGGUCUGCCUGGUGAACAUCUUUCUGACCGGGCGGCUGAGCAGUGCGGUCCCCGCCUUAGCCGCCUGCAGCGGGAAGCUGGAGCAGCACACGGAACGGCGUGGUGUCAUCUAUAGCCCCGCCUGGCCCCUCAACUACCCACCGGGCACCAACUGCAGCUGGUACAUCCAGGGCGACCGUGGGGACAUGAUCACCAUCAGCUUCCGCAACUUUGAUGUGGAGGAAUCCCACCAGUGCUCCCUGGACUGGCUGGUGCUGGGUCCCGCGGCCCCGCCCCGCCAGGAGGCCUUCCGGCUCUGCGGCUCCGCCAUCCCGCCCGCCUUCAUCUCCGCUCGUGACCAUGGCUGGAUCUUCUUCCACUCCGACGCCUCCAGCUCUGGCCAGGCUCAGGGCUUCCGCCUCUCCUACAUCCGAGGGAAGCUGGGUCAGGCGUCCUGCCAGGCCGACGAAUUCCGCUGUGACAAUGGCAAGUGCCUGCCGGGCCCGUGGCAGUGCAACACCGUGGAUGAGUGUGGAGAUGGCUCCGAUGAGGGCAACUGCUCGGCACCCGCCUCGGAGCCACCGGGCAGCCUGUGCCCCGGGGGCACCUUCCCAUGCAGCGGGGCGCGCUCCACGCGGUGCCUGCCUGUGGAGCGGCGCUGUGAUGGCACGCAGGAUUGCGGUGAUGGCUCCGAUGAAGCUGGCUGCCCUGACCUGGCCUGUGGCCGGCGGCUGGGCAGCUUCUAUGGCUCCUUCGCCUCCCCAGAUCUGUUUGGUGCAGCCCGCGGGCCCUCAGAUCUGCACUGCACAUGGCUGGUGGACACGCAGGACCCACGGCGGGUGCUGCUGCAGCAGGAGCUGCGUCUGGGCUAUGACGACUACGUGCAGGUGUACGAGGGCCUGGGCGAGCGUGGGGACCGCCUGCUGCAGACGCUUUCCUACCGCAGCAACCACCGGCCAGUGAGCCUUGAGGCCGCCCAGGGCCGUCUCACCGUGGCCUACCAUGCUCGUGCCCGCAGCGCUGGCCACGGUUUCAACGCCACCUACCAGGUGAAGGGCUACUGCCUGCCGUGGGAACAGCCGUGCGGGAGCAGCAGCGAGGGUGACGGCGGCAGUGCAGGCGACCAGGGCUGCUUCUCCGAACCACAGCGCUGCGAUGGCUGGUGGCAUUGCGCCAGCGGCCGAGACGAGCAGGGCUGCCCUGCCUGCCCGCCUGACCAGUACCCCUGCGAGGGGGGCAGCGGCCUGUGUUACUCACCCGCCGACCGCUGCAACAACCAGAAAAGCUGCCCCGAUGGCGCCGACGAGAAGAACUGCUUCUCCUGCCAGCCCGGCACCUUCCACUGUGGCACCAACCUGUGCAUCUUCGAGACAUGGCGCUGUGAUGGCCAAGAGGACUGCCAAGAUGGAUGCCGGCCGGCCGCGCCCCGCAAGUUCAUCACCGCCGCGCUCAUCGGCAGCCUGGUGUGCGGCCUGCUGCUGGUCAUCGCCCUGGGCUGCGCCUUCAAGCUCUAUUCCCUGCGCACACAGGAGUACAGGGCCUUCGAGACCCAGAUGACGCGCCUAGAGGCUGAGUUUGUGCGGCGGGAGGCCCCCCCCUCCUAUGGGCAGCUCAUCGCACAGGGCCUCAUCCCCCCCGUGGAGGACUUUCCCGUCUACAGCGCAUCCCAGGCCUCAGUGCUACAGAACCUCCGCCGACAGAUGCCCCGCGCCCCCUCCCGCCGGGGACCCUCCCGCCGCCGCCUAGGCCGCCUCUGGAACCGGCUCUUUCAUCGGCCACGGGCGCCUCGAGGCCAGAUCCCACUGCUGACCGCCGCGCGCACCUCUCAGACAGUGCUGGGUGAUGGGCUCCUCCAGCCUGCAGGGACGACCCCGGACCCCCCUGCACCCCUCACGGACACAGACAGCCCCAGGGAUGCUGGGGAUGGGCCCCCCAGUGCCCCUGGCCAGGCAUCAGAGGUGGGACCUUCAGUGCCACCCAUGCCCUCGGGCCUGCGAGACCCAGAGUGCAGGCCAAUGGACAAGGACAGAAAGGCCAUCAGGGACCCUCAGGUGGACAGCCCGGCCCCUGCGGACACACCUCGGGAGCCCUGCUUGGCCCAGGCCCCCUACCCCCAGGCCCCCACUGCCAGCAGCACCCUAGGCCCCCACUCACCAGAGCCACCGGGGGCCUGCAGGAGCCCCCUGCCACCCUGCUCCCCAGCGUUGGAGGCCAGCGAUGAUGAGGCUCUGCUGGUCUGCUGACCCGCCGGACGUGCUGGUGACCGCCGCAGCCCCGCUUUGUAACCAGGGAAUACACAGUCGUUUCUACCCUGCCUACGUGUCCUUCUUUCCCAUGGAGAGCCCACCCGGCAGCCCUGCGGAGGGGGCUAGGCCUUCAGCCAGCUGGCUGCUGCAAUGUGCCCAGCCCUGGUGGGCAUGGCAGGCGAGGGCUGUGGGGUUGGACGGGAAGUAGGGUGGAGGGUAAGCCUGCCUGGAGGGUCUCCAUGUACACAAGCACCCCGGGGGCUCGCUUCUACCGCUCCCCUGUUCUGGAAACCCACACCCACAGCAAGGCUCUCUGGGUCGCUUUCCGUGGCUUCUUGCUGCAUUCUCUCUGUACGACCAGCCACCCCAGAACUAUGGUGAGGACUGCACAGGCCAUCGGACAUUGGACAUCAGUCCAUGGUGAUGGUGUCCAUGCCGAGCCCUCCUGUCCUCAGUGGGGUCCCUGGAGGAGCUGAGCUAGGAGGCUUCUGCCCGCUCAUGCCUAUGACGGCAUCGUGGGUAUGGCCAGGCUGGUGCCCUUUAUCCCUUGGUUGAGGGGUCCAUCUCCUGGGCAGGGCAGGGCUGGAGAUGUAGGCACAGGGCAGAGGAAGCCCAUGGGGUCUCUUGCAGGCCCUGAGACCCCUGGGACACGCUUCUCUCUGCUUUUGCAAGGGACAGAGGCCAAGCACCAACGGAGUGUGCCCAGAUCCAUUGCAUUCUAUCUUGGGGCCUCAGUUUCCCCACCCAUAAACCAGGAUGAGGCUGUGGGCCUGAGUAGCGACAUUCAUCCUGCGGUCAUUUAUGGGAAGAAGAACAAUCCUGGCUGGAAUCCCUGGGCUCUCCCUGGUGGCCGAGCUCAGGCCUGGGUGAGGGGCAGGUGGCGCUGGACCCUGUGGUGUACAGGGAGUGCCCGGGUCAGGGGGCAGGGCCCUCAAUGCCCAGAGUUGCCCAGAGGCUCCAGGGCACCUUCCCUGCCAGCAGUACGCAGCACCGCACACCCGCCGUGCCCACCAGGGACGUCCCGAGCCCGAGCAAACAGCCAGCCCUGUUUAUUGAUAGGCCUUUUCAAGAAAAGCUAGCAGGGCAGCGCUAAGACAGGAAGCCCAGACCGCAUCCUCAGGGCUUCCUUAUGACAGGCCUCUAAGAGUCAUAUCUUUUUUUUUUUUUCCAGAAAAACAAAACAAAACAA